UCAUGCAUUGAGAUCACCUCAGGAAGACCCAAGAUGGCUGCCAAGCGGAAGGGCGGCCUGAAACUGAACGCUAUCUGCGCCAAGCUGAGCCGCCAGGUCGUCUACGACUGCGCGGCGGAGCAGGCCGAGGUAGGCCCCAAGCCUCCGGAGAGUCUCCACGGCGACGGGCCGCCCCACGGCGAGCAGGAAGGGGAGGCCGAGGGCAUCGACGGGCUGCAGGACGUCCAGAGGCUGGAGGAAGACAAGAAGAGGAGGGAGGCCAUCGAGAAGUGGGUGAAUGGGGAGUACACGGACGAGCACGGCGAGGAAAGGCUGGUCAAGACCGCGGACGGCAACUUCUUCUCGACCGAAGGGGUGUACAUGCUUCAGCCCAAGGGCUGCAGCGAGGAGGAGGAUGUGGACGGAGCUCAGGAAUCGCUGGAUGGAAGCUUCGUGGAUGACAGGGACUCGGAGGAAGUGGGGCCAAAGGAGGAAGGGGACAACUCCUCCAGUGAGGCCAGCAUUCGACAGCACAGCAUCGCCUCCUCAGGGGAAGCCUCCACUCUCCACGACUACGCCGCCUCCACCAUGAACGAGUUCCUGGGGAUGUUCGGCUACGACGACCAAAACGUGCGGGACGAGCUGGCGAAGAAGAUCAGCUUCGACAAGUUGAACGCCUCUACCUCAGAGCCCUUCCCCGCGUCCUCUCCGGGCGAGGACCCCCUGGCCAGGCGAGCUCGCAACUCCAAGUACGAGGCGUGCAUUCGGAAACUCAAGGCCGGCGAGCAGCUCCCCCGGCCGCUCCCCAGCGUCAAGGUGGAGGAGCUGGCGGCGCGGGGGGCGCUGCCGGGGAAGGAGGUCCACCCGGUGGGAGUCCAGGACAUUCCGCUGCGCCGCGAGGUGAAGAUAACGCCCAUCCCCUGCCCGCCCGGACUCCUGCACCAGGCCCAGGGUCUGGCCCCCAGGGCCUCCAAGUACGACUACUUCAUCCAGAAGCUGAAGACGGGGGAGAGCAUCAGGCCGCAGAACGGCAACACCUACAAGCGGCCGUCCAAGUACGACCUGGAGAACGUCAAGUACCUGCACCUCUUCCGGCCCGGCGAAGGGGACCCCAAUAUGGGGGGGGCCAUCGCCUUCAAGACGGGCAAGGUGGGCCGCCCCUCCAAGUACGACGUCAAGAACAUCCAGAAGCUGGCGGUGGUGAAGGCCCCCACCAACACGGCGGCCACCCCACUCUCGGGCACCACCUGCCCCCCGCCCACCGGCUCCCACUCACCCGCCUCAGUCGGCUUCGGCGGCCCCGACCUCCUCAAGUCCAGCUUCUCCCGCACCGACUCCAUCACCACCGGGACCGUCUCCACCGUCAACCGGCUUUCCAAAGGGGAGCCCUUGGUGGACGACUCAGUUGGACGGUUGCUGACUACCAACGUGACUGCAGUAAAUCGGAAUGGAUUGUCUACAGACAAGACAGAUGCUCUGCCCGAUGAUAUCAAUAUUUACCAGAAGUACAUUGCCAGUAAUCUACCUUGUGAAGGCCUCUGCCCCAAAUCACCCCAUCAUCUACUCAGAGACUGCUGGUUUUCCGGGAGUCAGCAGUGUGGGCACAUUCACUGCGCCUAUCAGUACCGGGAACACUACCAUUGUCUGGACCCCGAGUGCAACUAUCAGAGGUUCACCAGUAAACAGGACGUGAUCCGACACUACAACAUGCACAAGAAGAGGGACAACUCCCUGCAGCACGGCUUCAUGCGCUUCAGCCCCCUGGAUGACUGCAGCGUUUACUACCACGGCUGCCAUCUCAACGGCAAGAGCACCCACUACCACUGCAUGCAGAAACUGCAGGUGGGCUGCACCAAGGUGUACACCAGCACCUCCGACGUCAUGACCCACGAAAACUUCCACAAGAAAAACGCCCAGCUGAUCAACGACGGCUUCCAGCGUUUCCGUGCCACCGAGGACUGUGGGACGCUCGGGUGCCAGUUCUACGGACAGAAGACCACUCACUUCCACUGCAGGCGGGCCGGCUGCACGUUCACCUUCAAGAACAAGUGCGACAUUGAGAAGCACAAGAGCUACCAUAUCAAGGACGACGCCUACGCCAAGGACGGCUUCAAGAAGUUCUACAAAUACGAGGAGUGCAAGUACGAGGGCUGCGUCUACAGCAAGGCCACCAAUCACUUCCACUGCAUCCGCUCGAGCUGUGGCUUCACCUUCACCUCCACCAGCCAGAUGACGUCACACAAGCGCAAGCACGAGCGGCGCCACAUCCGCAGCGGCAAUGGUGGUGGGGGCAUUGGCGGCGGCGAGCUGGGCCUGGCCUCCCAGCUGCUGGGCCGCAAGCAGAACGAGGGCGACGACUCCAGCAACGACGACCUGAUCGACUACUCGGCCAUCAGCAGCAAGAACUCCAGCCUGAGCGCCUCGCCCACCAGCCAGCAGUCCACCGCUCCCGGCCUGUUGUCCAGCCUCGCCCCGGACAUGUCCACCGCCCAGUCCCUCAAACACACCCUCAACACCGUCCCCAAGAUGUCCACCUGCCUCUCUCAGACCCUGCCCGUCUCCCUCCCCGUGGCCCUGGCCCUCUCCAACGCCGCCAUCUCCGCCACCGGAUCCUUCUUCCCCAUGGUCUCCAGCCGGAUGUCGGUGGCAAUGCCCGUGUCUGCGGCCAGCCUGAUCUCGGCCAUCUCCUCCAGCGUGUCCACCCUGCCCAAUGAGUCCGCCGUGCCCGCCUCGGGGGGUCCCGGGGCACUGCCCCCCGCCUCCAUCGUUGAGAAGAUGACAGCGAGCAAGGGCCUCAUCUCCCCCAUGAUGGCCCGACUGGCCGCUGCCGCACUCAAGCCCUCCACCGCGGCCGAGGCAGGGGCUGGACAGUUCGGUCUGAUCGAACUGAAACAGGAGAUGGGUGACACUGUCAAGCCGCAGAGCCAAGAUUCAUUGCAGAACCAGAGUCUGGACCUCAGCCUAAAGGAUCACGGGAUCGAGUCCAAUGGUUACAUGGAGUCUGGGAACACAUCCCUCUUAUCCUCAUUUCUCAACAGGGCAUCCCAUGGCAACAGCGGAAUGAGCAGCUUGCUGAGCAUCAAGACGGAGCCAGACUGUGGGCAGUCUGAUGACGACCAAGCCUCCUACUUGAGCAAAGUGAUGGGGCAGCAGCGGCCCGAGAAACGCCAGGAGCUCUGGGAAAAAUACCUGCGCAGGUUUACUACAGAGGAUUACUGCGAGACCCAGUGUGAUUUCCUGCACAAAGUCCAUUUCCAUUGUGUGGUGGAGGACUGUGGUGCCCUGUUCAGCACCCUCGAUGGGGCCAUCAAACAUGCCAAUUUCCACUUCCGAGCGGACGGUGGGGUGGUGAAGGUGAAGUCGGAGCCUUAUUUCUCCACCCCAAUGAGAUGCCUGGGCAACUCGGCAUUCCCCCCCAUCGCCAUGGUGACGGCCACCGGCGUCCAGCUCUCCCCGGCGAGUCCCACGGCCGUCACCUCCGCCUCGACGCUCUUCACCUGGAAACAGCUGGCCGCCUCCAUGCCACAGCUCCCUGUAACCACGCUGGCCACGUCCUCCCUGGCAACCACCUCCCUGGAGAAUGCAAAGCCUCAGGUCAAACCGGGAUUCCUGCAGUUUCAGGAAAACGAUCCCUGCCUGGCGACUGACUGCAAAUACUCGAACAAAUUCCACUUCCACUGUUUGUUUGGAAACUGCAAGUAUGUCUGUAAAACAUCGGGGAAGGCUGAGUCACAUUGUCUCGACCACAUCAAUCCCAACAACAACCUGGUCAACGUACGAGACCAGUUCUCCUACUACUCUCUGCAGUGUCUCUGUCCCAAUCAGCAUUGUGAGUUCCGUAUGAGAGGACACUACCACUGCUUACGGCCAUUCUGCAACUUUGUGACUAACAUCACGACAAAGCUCCCCUGGCAUGUCAAAAAGCACGAGAAGGCUGAGAGACGAGCUGCCAAUGGGUUCAAGUACUUCACCAAACGAGAAGAGUGCGGCCGUCUGGGCUGCAAGUACAACCAGGUAAAUAGUCACUUUCACUGCAUUCGCGACGGCUGCCUCUUCUCCUUCCUUCUGAAGCACCAGAUGACAUCCCAUUCACGCAAGCACAUGAGGAGAAUGCUGGGCAAGAACUUCGACAAGAUGCACAAUCAGGGACACAGGACCGACGACGGGAACAUGGCUGCCACCAGCGGCUCCUCGGCUGUGACGUCAACAUCGAACAUGAUGGACAUGGAAACAGACGAGUGCAUGGACUACCCCACGGCCACCAGCCCAGGCGGCCUGUCCUCCGAGUCAUCGGUACCAGACCGCAGCUGCACCAGCACGCCAGUCGGCAACGAAAGCAGUGCGGCAGGCUACCUGGUUACUCCUGCUGCUGACGCUAUCCGCAAUGCACCAUCUCCAUCCUUGCCACAAGCCUUGUUCCGAACCUCCCAUUCUUCACUGCCAUUCCUCUUCUCUCCAUCCUGUCUCUCACACUCUCUGCUCAGCGCGACUCUUGGAUCCACCAGGAAUGUUGUCAAACCAACCUGCACGCCUGGUCUCAAUCCGACCAUUGCUGCUCACACACCGAUUAAAAGCGAUGUCCCAAUAGUUCAGGAUGCUGCAGGGAACACAAUUUCUCUCCCGACCGCUUCUGGUGCGAAGAAGAGGUUCUGGAUCAUCGAAGACAUGUCCCCAUUCGGAAAGCGGCGAAAGACGGCCUCCUCUCGGAAGAUGCUGGACGAAGGGAUGAUGCUGGAGGGCUUCAAGCGCUACGACCUGUACGAGGACUGCAAAGACCCCUCCUGCCAGUUCUCGCUGAAGGUGACCCAUUACCACUGCACCCGGGAGAACUGCGGCUACAAGUUCUGCGGGCGCACCCACAUGUACAAGCACGCCCAGCACCACGACCGGGUAGACAACCUGGUGCUGGACGACUUCAAGCGCUUCAAGUCGUCGCUGCGCUGCAACUUUGCGGACUGCCAGUUCUCGGGCAACAGCACCCACUUCCACUGCCUGCGCUGCGGGUUCCGCUGCACCGACAGUACCAAGGUGACGGCACACCGCAAGCACCACGGCAAGCAGGACGUGAUCAGCGCCGCCGGCUUCUGCCAGUUCAGCUCCAGCGUGGACUGCGAGGUGGCCGACUGCAAGUACAAGCUCAAGUGCUCUCACUUCCACUGCACCUACCCGGAGUGUAAGCACACGGUGGUCGGCAUGUCGCAGAUGGACUCGCACAAGCGCAAGCACGAGAAGCAGGAGCGCGGGGACGCGCCGCCACCCUCGCCCGCCCGCGAGGUCCCGCACGGCCCGGCCGCCUCCGCCGUCCCCAUCCUCGAGUACGACUCGCAGGGAUCGUCCCUCAACCUGGACGGCUCCCUCAACCUGGGCAGCGGCGCGGACGGUGCGCUCUUCUUCCUCAAGAACGCGGCGGGCAUCGGCCUCAACGACUCGCUGGAUUUGAGCGCCAAGCCGCGGCAUGAGGAGGCUGUUGCCGCCAUAACCGUUGCUCCUGUCGUCGUCGCCGCCAGCACCGCCGCCGCCGCCCCCCAGGACCACGUCACCGCAACAUCUGGUGACAUCGAGGACGACAACGACAUGACGCAGGACGAGGAGUUCAACGAAGAUGAUGACGAUCUCCACACGGACUCGGACAGUUGCCAUGGCAGCACGCCUGAGCACAUGGGCCUAGUGGGGAAAGGCGAAGCCUUGGGCCUGUAGCCGGGACAUCCACUUCCCUUCUCCCACCCAAACCCUGUCCUCUCAAAAAACACUUCCUUCACUUAUCUGGGAUGACAAAUUUCCCCCCGAUUUUAACAAAAUGAAAACAUUAGUCAUGAGUAGGACGGAAAAGCGAGAGCUCCACGGGCGUGGCGUUUGUUCAGGGGCCUGGCAGCCUUCACACUCCCGUCAGGAUCAAAUGGAGACUCCUCCAUCCUCAACCAUGCUUCCAGACCAGCUGGCGACAAUAGGACAGUGCCCACAACUCGAGAAAGAAACACCAACUUCGAUGAACAAAACAAUUGGCUUCAGAUGGUACGUGCAGUAGGAAGAACUUGCUCCCUAAAAAAAAAGAUGUUUACAACCUGACCAACAUGAUUAAACCCUUUUAAUAUGCAGGAAAAAUGGGGGAAAAAGAUCUAUAAUCCAACAUUUCUGGAGUUGGACACCAUGUAAUAUUUGGGUAUUACCUUUGCUACCGAAAACUCCUUGGUUGCGUGUGUGCAUGUCUGCUAGAUUCUAUUGUUUUAAUUUUUGGAAUUUUAAAGAAAACAAAGUAUAUGAAACCGAAAAUUCAUAAGCAGUUUGCAGCUGCAGUGUACAAUAUGGUAUGUCAGAGUGUGCAAGUGAAGAAUUUACAAAAGCAGUUUGAAAUGGCCGUUUGGUGCAGUCAGUCCCACCAUCGCCGCUGACGGGCGAUGAUGAGAAGCCUUCAAGGUCAAGACACAUUAAACGCCUUCUUGCUAAAUUCUGAAGCACUGAGUGUGGAUGAACAAACGUUCAUCGUGAAACACUUCAUAUUUGUGCUCAGACCGAGUGAAGUUUCAUUUUUGCUCUUCCAUUAAUUUAUUUUUACUUUGAAGAUUUUUUGUUUCCUCUCUUCCUUGCCCUGGAGUUUGCUUUCUUUUUAUCCCAGAUCAUGUCCUAUUACAGGUUGCAGCUCUUUCCAUUCCAAACCUCUCAGCCUCUUGGCACUGUUCCAGAAUGAUUUCCCCCCCCCCCCCCCCACAAUUGUAAAGAAGCCAUAUGGCAUCUGGAAGCUUCGACGAUUUUUUUUGUUUGUUUUGUAGAUAGAAUGAGAACAUUUCAAACAAAGUUAUUUUUAUAUAUUUAAAGCAGAAAUCAAUUUGAAUGUUGUAGAUACUUUCAGGCCCAACAUGGUCACAUUGUUUGCAAAUCAUUUGCCACCACAUUGAAUCUAACUCUUUGAGGCUUAAAGCUGUGGUUUCUCUAUUUAAAGGGGUCUCUGUGUGUUUCUGUGUAUGAGUUUCUGAUCAAAAGCUGUCUCUCCUCUGUGUGUUUAAAGAUGAUUUGAAAGCAGGGCCAUUAUAUCUUUAAAACUGAAUACUAUAUAUAUAUAUAUAUAUAUAUAAAUUUGCAAACUUUAAAAAAGCAUCAGGAAUCAGGUAACUAUGUACAACACAUUUGCUCAUUUUCUAUCCAAAUAUCAAGUAAUACAAUACUUAAGGAAAACAUAGUGGAACAGAGCAGAGUCUGAUGAAGGGUCCCAAUCUGAAACGUCACCUAUCCAUGUUCUCCAGGGAUGCUGCCUGACCCGCUGAGUUACUCCAGCAUUUUGUGACUUGGGGAACAAGGUAAACCCAUCUCACUGUCUCUUCUCUGCCUGCCAACUUCAUUGGUCAUUGUGUUCCAUCAAUGUUAACUGUCUGAAAUUUAAAAAAAAAAAAGAGGAAUCAGUAUAAAUUAUUAGGUUAGCCAGAAUCUGCGAAAGAUAAAUAGUUUCUCAUUCCACAGAUGCUGCCUAACCCACUGAGUUUUUCCAGCAUUUACCGCUAUUUUAGAAGCAAGUGUGACCUGCUUCCCCACAUUUAAUACUCCACAGUCGUGCUGGCACUCCCCUCUCACUCACUGAGACACAGGGGGGCAUAGUUCCACUGCAGCAGCUGGCUCAAGGACACCCUUACCUGCGGUGCCUGCUCCCAAAGGUGUACCCAUGCCUUUCCAGGUCUGUUGCCCCCCUCCCCCCCGCAGCCAUCUUAAUUUCAGAUGACACUAGUCUUGCUAAUUGAAUAGAUUUUACAGUCCCCACACAACGCAUACUUUAGCAGCAGAUUAAUGACGUCUAUUUUCACCUUUCCUGAAAGCUCAGUCUCUUAAUUACUCUUCUAAAAUUGUCAGUUUAAAACCACAUUUGUCACUAACCAGUAGAGUUUAGCUGGUGUAAGCCUCUUUAAAGUGGCCCUGUUAUUGUAAAUAGAUUAGUUUGUGUGUGUAGUCCUUGUUAUAGAAGCCCCUGGACAAGACCAAUUAUAAACUUACCGCAUGGUGCAUCCACAGAUGAAAUGGACAAAUGAUUCCAAGCUUUGGGGAGUAUCCUAUUAAUUAGAGCACCCCCAACACGCUGUGACACUACACCAUCUUGAGCAAUCAGAUGAGGUAGCGGGGGAUUUUGCAAAGUCUAGCACCCUAAAUUAACAGGGAGACCUCAGCCUUCAAUCUCAAAAAUGCACCAAUUUAUUGUCUCCUGUCAAAGGGGAAAAAUUCCUCUGAUGCUCAUUGUAAAAGGCAUCGCUUUGCCAGCCCAAAGUUGCACCUUUUAAUGGAGGGCUAGCAUUACUGGGGAGAAGAGUGGCCAGCGGCAAGCACUGGCCAGCAAACCACCGGCCCAGAGAAGGCAGAAGAGCCCCUGAGGAUCUGCCAUUAGCUCCUCCCUAUUCUCAUCAUAAGAACGUCCUGACACCAUGUAAAGUCUGGUUGAUGACACCAACCCAAUCUCUUAGUUUAUACAUCCUGACCCAAAAUGUCACCUAUCCAGUGUGAAGAAGGGUCCCAACCUGAAAAGUCAGCAGUUCACAGAGGCUUCCUGACCUACUGAGUUACUACAGCACUUUGCAUUUUGCUCUAAGAUUAUCUCCCAUUUGCUCUAAUUGAACACUUGCUAAGACCAGAGGACCAUUGUCCUUUCAUUGUCACCAAACUCUACGGACUAGGUAUUAAUUUGUCCUCCAGUUUCCAGUCAGUGGUUCAGGGUUAGCAGGAUUGUGCAGCAUGUAACAUCAUUGGGACCUUUACUUCAGCUUCUCUGCUCCAGCAACCCUGCUCACUGGCUUGGCCACCUCCAGUCAUGACUGUUCCAGUGGUGUUAGCUGAUCUCCAGGAUUGCACUCCACAAACUCCAACCCAUUGAAAACUUCACAGACUGUAACUAACCAUCAGAGUCUUACUCGCACAUCAUAUUAUGCCCUUCAUAACUGAGAAGAAGAGUACAGCAUGGGCACGGGCCCUUCGGCCCAACACAUCUGCGCCCAACAUGAUGCCGUGUUAAACUAAUCUGCCUGCAUAGGAUCCACAUCCCUCCAUUCUCGCCUAUCCAUGUGCCCGUCUAAAAGCUUCUUAAAUGCCACUAUCAUAUCUGCUUCCACCACCAACCAUGGAAGCUCAUUCCAGGCACUUUCCAAAAAAACAUACAUCUGCUUUAAUUUUUUCCCAUCUCACCUUAAAGCUUUGCCCUCUUGACAUGUUGCACCUUGGGGAUAAAGGUUCUGACAUUCGACCAUGUCUCUGCUUCUCAUCAUUUUAUAAAGCGUUAUCAGAUCUCCCAUCAGCCUCCGAUAAAUAAUCUAAGCAUGUCCAACCUAUCCCCAUAGGGAAUACCCUCUAAUUCAGGCAGCUCUCUGUUGUGUCCUCUACAAAGCCUCCAUAAGGGGGCUACACGCAACUACAGAACUACAGCAAUAUUCCAAAUGUCCAAAAUAUUCCAAAACUACUAGAACUACACGCAAUAUUCCAAAUGUGGCCUAACCAAAGUUUUACAAAGCUGCAACAUGACUUCCUGACUUUAUACCCAAAGCUUUGACUGAUGAAGGCGAGCAUACCAUACGUCUCCUUGUUUUGCUGCUUUCAGGGAGCUGUAGACGUGGACCCCCAAGUCCCUCUGUACAUCAAUGCUGUUAACUGCAUACAUUUCACCUCCCAAAGUACAACCCAUCUCAUCUCAUUUGCCCAGAUUAAACUCCAUCUGCCCUUUCUCUGCCCAUCCUGCUGCAUUUUUUUCUCCAACAAACAGGUUUGGGUGGGGUUUUCCAACAAAUCUCAUCCGAACCUUUCAUCAUGUAAGUUGCUUCACGGCAGUGUCUUCUCAUUAACUCAGUAUCCUCUCCACACCACCAUCCACCCCAGGAGACUUCUGUCCUCAAAUGUUUAGCUCCACCACUUCCACAUCAGCAAGAGAGGCCCUGCCUCUCAGACACCAAGUCUGUGAAAAUCCCAGGCACCAUCCUCGCCAUUACCGCCCUACCAAAGACGUAUUGGGACUGAGAGUGAUGUACCAGAGGCACUGAAUUAGUGGAAGAGGAAGCGAUGUUAUGCUGUGGCAGUACAGGGGAGGUCAACGCUAUUGUAUUCAGGAAUAGAGAUGCCAUGUGGAAUCAUGCGGUAAUGGCCAGUCAAAAUUUGACCGAAAGAUCACUAUGGAAGCAAAAUAUAUUAAAUCACUGUGUGAAUUAUUAUUUAAAACUGAGGAUGUACAUACACAAAACUACAGGUAGUAAAAGAAAAGAGAAAUGUGUGGAGACAGUGUCAUAAAUUAAGAAUGAGGCAAAUUACAUUUUUUUCCACUAAAGAGCUAAAGUAUUCUUAACAUGGCCCUACAUCUAAGAAGCUAUUUUCCUCUUUAACAUUUGGAAGAUCCUUUCCCUUAAAAAUAUUAAAAGGCAAUGCUUUAACUUAAAGCAGAUGUGUAUUAGCAGGUCAGUUGACAAACCUGACUGAUGUUUAACAGUGACACUGUUCUUGCCAUAGUUAUAUAUCACGAGAAUACUCGGGCUCCUAUGGAAUUAAAUAAUGGCUCUUAAUAGGGCAGUGUCUGAUCUUAUUGGUACAUAUUUUGUCAGUGAGAGAAGCACUACAAGCAGGUGUUGAAAGUAAUGAACAUGCGAACCUGCUUUGUGUCUUUUUGUAACAUAUUUAAGUUUGCACUAAUUCUGUUUUAUAUUAGAACCCUACCAAUUAACGUGAAACGAGAACACCACAUAAUUGUCAUUCUUAAAGUAGCAGUCACCCUUUUACUGGCAGUUUUUUGAAACUGAUCUUCUAUGAUUAUUUGAUAACAAUCCCUGCAGUUAACUAACUUGUGAGCGGUAUUGUGGGAAGCUAUAAUGGACUGGCUUUCCUACAUCAACCAGAGCACAUCAGGCCAGUGGGACUGCUGUCGUUUAAGGAGGACAUACUGUGUCUUAUUCUUUCCCAGGGCACAAGUGUCACCAACAUGAACUCUUUAAGGAGUAAUCCUUUCCGCACUAAAUUCUGAAGUAAACUAAGGAUACUGUGUUCCAUUGUAGUCAAUGAUGGAAAUUGUGUGUGUGCACAUAUAAAAGCAUGUAUGUGAUGUUUGUGUGUGUGUCGUCUGCAUCAGUGCUUGGUAUGAGUGAGUGAGCAUGUCUCAGUGUGUGUGUGAGAGAGCUCAAGUUUCAGCAUGUGUGUAUUUAUGUGUGCGUGCGUGUGUAUGUGUGUGCACGUGCGAGUGAUUGUUUGUGGAUGAGCGUACCAGCACACAUACGUGAGCGUGUGUGAGUGAGCAACUCUCAACAUGGGUGUGAACUGAGAGUGAGUGAGUCUCAGUGUGAGACAGAGGGAGAGACUCUGAGCCCUGUUUUUUUUACUUGUUUAAGAUCCAGCAUUCUGUGUGAUUCAUUUAUUUAUUUCCGCACCAAUAUCAUAUCAACAGGAAAUAAUAAGAAAUCAGUACAACUGUUUGAGGAAUUCCUACCCACACACACAAAGACAAGUUCACCCAUCCUCAGAGGGUUAAAGCCACGAGAAUAAUAUGUUUUAUUUGAAGAACUUCCUUUUUAAAAAAUAAUUCUGGAAUAACCCAUAGAUUUAUUUUGUGUGUGCAAUUCCUUUAAAGAUGGAAGUGUAACAGGCCCUUUAACAAUAAGGCCACGGAUACAUAGAUUGUUAGCACUGACACAGAGUAUGGUUCAGGUUAAACUUGAAUUUUGUAGGAUGCAAAUUAACUGGUUUCCUAUGAAUAUUAAUUGCUAAAUAAUUUAAUACCGUUAUCUCUGUUUUAUUUUUGUGUGCUCUUUAUCUUGCUGUCGAUCUGCUAGUGGGUUCUAUUUAAAAGUCAAAGAAGAGGCAGGCAAUACUAAUUGUUUUUUUUUCGAAUUCAGUACGUAUUUUGAAAAAAAAUACUGUAAAAUGCUUAGAGCUGGGAAACAUUUUAUGCACUUGGAUCUAUCCGCUGGGUGUCCCUUGUUUUAAAUACAUAUAGAGCAUGUUAAAAGUCCAAACGCUGUUAAGUUUUUUCUCUCUUCCUUCCUUUCUUCUGUGAUGUUUUGAAAAACGGGUAAUACAUCACCAGAUGUUUGCCAGAUGGCAUUGUGUAGAUAGUCUACCAGAAAUAUGAAGAGAAAAUAAAAUAAUCGUUAUGUACAACCAGACAGGAACAACCUCCAAAUCUUCUAAAUAGCCAAGCUGCUGAAGCAAUUGAUCAUUUUACUGUUAAUUUAACUAAAACUGGAUUGAUCUUUUGGAGACAAGACAAAGGAAAAAUUACAAUGUAGCAAAAAGAGAAUUCUAGCCUUUGUAAUAUAUAUAUUGCACACUGGGAUAAGAAGCCAUCUCUAGAUCACAUGGAUUUGUGUAAUUUUUUUCUCUAUGGGGAGAACUUGCUCCACAUACGGUGUACAUGCCUCUCUAUAUAUAUAUGGAGACAACUCAACUUUUUUUAAAUGCUUUGGAAAGACGUUCUCCAAUACUUGAAUAUUGACCCCCUUGGCACCUAUGUUAUUGAUAACUGAAUAUUUUUCCACUUGAAUCUAGUGCUGUUAGAAAUUUAAUAUAUGUGUUUUAUUUAUUUGAUUGGUUUUGCAUGACUGAUGCAAGGGUUUGAGAUUUUCACUCAAUAAAAACUGGAAAAAAAAA